GAGCAAUGUAUGUUUGAAGAAGAAGAGCCUGAUUUGGGAGAAGAAACGUCUGAAAUCCGAAUUAAAGCUUCAACGGCCCUAAACCCACAAAAUUUGGUCCCUAGCGGAACAUCAAAGGCGGCCUCCGCUGUCCAUACAAAGCAGUGUUUUGGGAAGCGAGAAGCGGAAAAAAGCGACGAGGGCUUGCUUCACAGAAGCGAGAAGCGUGAAGCGAAGCGCGCGCUUUUAAAAAAAAAAAGCGACAUUUAGUAUAAAAAUAAAAAAAUAUUAAAUAACUAAAUAGAGGUAAUAUAGUCUUAGAUUGAAAGAAAUUACAUAGGCAAAAAUACUCAUAAGUCAUAACAUAUAAAGCAAAAAAUUAAAAACAUAAUUAAAUCACAAAGAUUCAAACUCCUAUUCUUCAACAAGGCUGCUAGACUGAUCACAAAAUAAAUAAAUAAAAGCAAAAGAAUUGAAAAAAAAGAAGAGGAGGCAGCAGUCAGUAAUUAGAAACAGAGCAGGCAGCAGAGAUGAAGAAAAGAAGAGAAGAAGUAGAAAAAACUAGAGUAGUCGAAACUCAGAGAGAUGAAGAGAUGAAGCACAGGCGAAGAUUGUAUAUUUCAGGAGAAAAGAAACUCAUAGAGAUGAACUAAUAAACAUUAGCUAAAAAAGAGAUGAACAAAAAGUUACCUGCAGUCGCGGUCGAGGUUGAAGAGAGAGGCAGCCUCAGUCGAGAUCGUCAGGAGAGAAAGAAGGGAAAGAAGUAUUGUGAAAGAAGAGUCGCGAGGAGAGAAAGAAGGGAAAGAGUCGUGAGGAGAGAAAAGGUUAUAUUUCAGAUAUUUUUUUAAAAAAAAACCUAAUUUUUUUUAAAAAAACCCUAAUUGUCGCUUUUUUUAUAAAAGCGCGCUUUAUUGCGCUUUUGCCUUAGGGUCGCUUCUCGCUUCUUCAUCUGAAGCGAGAGCUUUUUUCAGAUCGCCUCGCCUCAAGAUAAAAAAGCGCACAAGGGUCGCCUCGCUUUGAAGCGCGCUUUUCACAACACUGCGACAGAGUCAUGUCUUGAUGGUCUUCUUAGGUGAUACGCAUCAUUUUGGUGUGGCAGUGGACUUAAAGGCUGGAGUUACUACUAUAGAUUGUUCUGCUGAAAGUCAGUCCGUUGUAUGUCAAGACAAUGUGGUUCCUGAACCAUUUAUCGGGAUGGAGUUCGAGUCGGAAUAUGCUGCCAAGGAAUUUUAUGAUUACUAUGCUAGGCGUGUUGGGUUUAUCAUGCGCAUUGAUCAGUGCCGGCGUUCAGAAGUUGACAAGAGAAUCCUUUCACGACGACUUUCAUGUAACAAGCAGGGCUAUUAUGUGAAAAUGAAAAACCAUCAUGGACCACCCCGAAAAGCACGCACCAGCACACGAGAAGGGUGCAAGGCAAUGAUGUUGGUAAAGGUUAACAAAUCUGAUAAGUGGGUUGUGACGAGAUUCGUUAAGGAGCAUACCCAUCAAUUGGUGCCUUCUGGCUGUUCUUCUGGUAAUGCAAUGGAUAAAAAGGACAGGAGAAUCCAAGAACUGUCUAUGGAGUUGGAGCAUCAGGAUAAAUUAUGUGACCUUUACAGGGAGCAACUAGUUACUUUUUUGGAAAAUGUUGAGCAGCAGAUGGAGCUUUUGUCGAAGAAAAUUCAAGUUGCCGUUAACAAUGUAAAAGAAGUAGAAGCAGAAGUUCAAAAGCAACCAAAUAGCAAGUAGCCAUGCCUAACUGAAGCAGCAACUUAGUUGUUCUCGUAUGAGCAACUGUAGGAUGAUGCAUCAAGCAGAGAAUGGGAGAUUGUUGAUCUGUAUUUCCACAAGUUAUGGUGCAUCAGACCGUUUUGGAGGAAAUAGACGGCACUGAAAAAGAAUUACUCACGCAUGAUGCUUAUACCAAACAAUAUUAGUUUACCAUGGUUUAUGAUAAAAAUGAGGCAAUGUGUGAACGCUGAAUGGAGAUUUCUUUUUAUUGAUGCUGAGUGUACAUGUAAAGUUCCAUUUGACGGGAUAAUAGAAGUAGUUUGUCGCCUUCCCAGUGAAGUGUACAUAUUUGAAUGCUAUGAGUGUAUGGGAAUCAUCCGUCAGAGUGAUCUGAGCAGUUGCAUUUUCUUGCAUAUUUUUGAA